AAAACACAUGACAGGAAUCAGAUGACUAAACUUGAAAACACGUGAAUGUUGUGUGCUGAUAGAGCUGAUAGUAAUUAUUUAAUUAAACAUGUGACACAUUUCUUUUCUGUAAACGCAUACAAUGUUUUAAAAAGUUAAUUGAUCAACAGUAAUGGAAGUUAUCACCUCGUAUUAACGCAUCAACUUAUUGCAAUUGCAAGUGUUGCAAUUGAAUUUCCAAUAUGGGUUGUGUGGAAUCUAGAUAUUGUGUUUCUAAAAAUAAUACUUCCAAAAAAUAUGUGAUCAAGUUAUUAAAAGUUGGAUUACGUCCGGAAGAAGUCGAUCACGUAUGUAAAUUAUUCGGAGAACAAAAAUCUGUCACUAAAAAUGUCAUACGAGAACGAUGGCAUAAAUUCCUAACACCUUUCCUUAUGGACACAUACGAAAGAUAUCUCGUGCAGAAAUCAGACAAGAAGUAUGGAGACGGUACGAUCGAUGCUGUGGCAUUCAGCAUGUUUAUAACAGAUUUUGUCAAAGGCGCUGUAGAAGACAGAGUUACAAUGUAUACUGACUUCUUGAACAAAAACGAAGAGGAAGAAAUAACUAUUGUCGAUUUACAGGAGUAUUUGGUUCAAUUAAUGAAAUCCGUUCUAUUGUUGAUGGACGUUAAGGAUGUAACCCAAUACAAGCAGUGGUCCGAAAGGGGAUUUGUAUUCACCGAUGAUGAUAUUCAUCGAUGGACCGCUGCUACAAUUUUGAAUGUUUAUGAUCUCACUAAAAUUAAUUCAGUAUCCCAAGAUGAAAUGACGUCAUGGAUGACGUUAAAUACAGACGUUGUUUUACUGCAAAAUUUUCUUUUCUAUUCCUUAUACGAUUUGGAUAAACUAGAAAGCGCUAAGAAUGGAGAGCAGCGAAGUAUUCACUGUCCGUUGCCAUAUUUAGAAGUAAAUGUUACUAAAGAAGACUGGAAAGUUAUCAUUAAUAUACCAUUCGUUACGUACAUAAAUAGCCAUUUACCGGCGGAAAACCGAUUUCGAUGGCGCUUGAUAUACUCGGCAGAUAUUAACGGUGAAAGUUUUACCACUUUUCGAUCCUUAAUAUGUAAUAAAGGUCCUUCUGUACUCGUGGUUAGAGAUGGCGACGGGCAUAUUUUUGGCGGAUAUGCUUCAACCAGUUGGCACGUUGGGCCGAAAUUCUUUGGAGAUCAAAGAUGUUUUUUGUUUUCUUUACGUCCUGUAAUGAAAAUAUACCCAACUUUGCCACACAAUGAUCACUUUUUAUAUCUCAACGCAAAUCAAAAAGCUCUACCGAAUGGCCUGGGAAUGGGUGGUCAAUUAGGGUAUUGGGGAUUAUGGAUCGAUGCUAGUUUUGAAUUUGGAUCCUGUAGUCCUAGCUGUUCGACAUAUUCUGGGUAUCAAAUGCUGUCCGGAUCACCAGAGUUCAGAAUUGUCGGUUUAGAAGUUUGGUCUGCCGAAGGAAUGUAUAAUUUAAAUGACGAAAAUGGAAGUACAGGGGAUUCCAUCUCGGAGGAUCAAGAGGGAAGUAUUUUGCAUAAAGAUCCUGGUGCUCGAGCUUUGAUGGAUAUGUUGGGAAAAACUGGCCAAGGAAGAGAUUUCUUAGACGCAUGAAUAUUUUGAAAUGUCGAGAUAUUUUUGUCAAAUUAAUCGUUUAACCACAUUACCUUUUUAAAAUUUAUUGUUUUUUAUCUGUUUUGUUAUUUUAUGUAAAAACGAAGCUUGCAUUCGUUUUUGACAUUGGAGUUGAAAAAUUGAUGCAAUUGCUUGGAAUACCAUUUUAUUGGCGGUAAUACAAUUACCAACCUUUCUGUCGUGGAAAAAUUUCGUUCGUUGGGAAAGUUGAUUCGUUGGAAAAUUUGUGUUUCAACUUCAAGUUGUAUUUAAGAUAAUGUUGCAUGUUGAAUGCAAUCAAACAUUUGUUUAGUUCCUAAAAUACGCGCUAAUUUUAAACAUCAUCUGCGUUGCUUUUAACUAUAUUUUAUUUUUCGUUGAGAAAAAAUUUUACGUCUGAUGUUUACGGAUAUGAUAAUAAAAAAUUUUUUAUUCACUGUUUAAUAA